AUGGAAGAAAGCGGGAGCGUGUCCCCCUCCACCCUCGCCCACACCGGUGACCUGUCGGCCGCUGACACGCUCGCGGGGGACGUGUCCCUCCGCACCGGUGACCUGUCGGCCGCCGACACGCUCGCGGGGGACGUGUCCCUCCGCACCGGUGGCCUGUCGGCCGCUGACACGCUCGCGGGGGACGUGUCCCUCCGCACCGGUGACCUGUCGGCCGCCGACACGCUCGCGGGGGACGUGUCCCUCCGCACCGGUGACCUGUCGGCCGCUGACACGCUCGCGGGGGACGUGUCCCCCCGCACCGGUGACCUGCCGGCCGCCGAGACGCUCGCGGGGGACGUGUCCCUCCGCACCGGUGACCUGCCGGCCGCCGAGACGCUCGCGGGGGAUGCAUCACCUCUCGGACUGCCAUUCUCCGCGCGUGGCGCCGCUGGCGACCGCUCAGGUGCUGCAGACAGCUGGUGGAAAGCGGUGUGA